AUGGGUAAUUCAAAUGGAAUGAAGGUAGAAUAAUACUCAGAUGUGCUGCAGUACAAGUUUAUGCGCGCCUCAAUAUGAACUCCAAUUUAUUGAGCUCGAAUAUCCUCUCCGAAGCCCUGAAGUGCUCUCAGAGCAAACAAAUCGAAAAGGAAAUGAAAAUGCUUCAAAGGACGAGUCCAAGCCUGAACACAUUUCAAUCAUAAGAGAAUCAUUUCACCUUGAGCUCGCUACUAAUGACUCUAAAUAUGAUGAUGCAUAUAGACACAGGCUUGAGCAGUGCUUAAAUUAUGCAAAAGUCUUGAAAUUAAAAGUUCUUACCUCAGCCUUAAUAAUUUUUUUUAUUAAAAAAUAAUUCUCUUCUGAAAAGCCUAAAUUCGGAUAUUCAUAAAAAAAUAUUUUUAUGGGAAUUUAGCUCUUCAAGUCUUCCCAAAAAUACAGUGAUCUGCAUAAAUGCCUUACUCCCCCCCCCCUCCGUGAGUGAACAAAAAAAUUUUGUUCACUCACGGAGGGGGGUUAAUUUUUUUUUUUUUAAAAAAAUUUAUAUAUAUAAAAUUUUCUGAAAAAUAUUUUUUUCGAAAUUUAAAAAAAUCCUAAUUCGCAAAAAUUGGAAAGCAAAUAUUAAUUUAAUUUAUAAAAUUUAUGUUUCAAAAAGCAAUUCGUUCAAAAUUAAAUAGAAUUAGCUCUAGAUUUCAUUAUACUAAUUAUCAUUUAUAUAUUAAAAUUUUUUUCCAUAAAAAAUUUUUGUAUUAAAAAAAUUUUUGUUCACUCACGGAGGGUGGGUUUUUUGGCAAAAAAAUGGCGAUUUUUCUAAUGGUUUUGUUCACUCACGGAGGGGGGGAGUUAGGCUACGAAAACUCUCUACGGGCUAUAAAAGAUGGAACCACCUAUUUUGGGUGCAAAAAAAGAAACAAGCAUAAAGGCGAGAUUAUUAAUGAUAUCGUAAUCCCUCCCCAAGAUAAAAGUUUGGCAGAAAAACAUCGAGGGCAGCAUUUCCAGAUAAUUUAUUCAGUGGAAAGUGAUACCUAUUUUAUUAAAGAUUUAGCUAUUGGCUUUGGAACUUUUGUAAGGUUAUUAUACCCAUUAGAGCUCAAAGAUAAUUAUCUUUUGCAUAUUGGGGACAAUUUUUUAUUAAUAAAUCUAGUGAAAAGCAAUGAUAGCGCAUUUCUGAGACUGAGAAUCAAGCUUUUUGGAGCCAGAAACACUGGGGAUAUUUUCUAUUUUAAUGAGCCAGAUUACAGAAAUAGCGCAAUUCGCAUAGGCAGGACACCGAAUUGUGAAAUCCAAAUUGACGAUACUUUGAUAUCAAAAAUCCAGUGCACUAUUUAUUAUGAAGAUGAAAAAUGGAUACUUGCAGAUGGAGAUUUAGAAAUCCAUAAAUUAAGCACAAAUGGGACAUGGCUCUAUUUGAAUGAAAGUUUUGAAAUCUAUGAUGGAAUGGUUUUUAAGUCCAACCAUACUCUUUUCCAGGCUGCUAUUUCUAAAAAAAAGAUUAAGUUUAAGCUUAAAGCAGCCAAUUCUUAAUUUUCUAUAAAAAAUAUAUCAAUUAAUAUACUACUAUGGCUUAUCUUAUAUAAAAAAGAAUAUUUUAUAA